CAUGGAAGCAGCAACAGAUCUCCAAGACACAGCCACAUUACCUCUGAAGUUUAAAUUUAACCCAAAGCUGGGGAUUGAUAAUCCUGUACUUUCAUUAGCUGAUGACCAAGACCGCCUUGAUUCCUGGGGUGGUCAGCGGCCUCGUUUCUGUCUGCUGAGCAGGGAGGAGGGGGGUAAAUUUGGCUUCUACCUGCAUAAGGAGCUGGGCCGGACUGGGCACAUAGUUCGAAGGGUGGAACCAGGCACUUCUGCUCAGCGCCAAGGACUUCGGGAUGGAGACCGAAUCCUGGGAGUCAAUGGAGACAUUGUGGAGCAUGAGGAUUAUCGUGGGGUGGUUCGGCGAAUUCGGGCUAGUGGUCCCCGGGUGCUGCUGAUAGUGUUGGCGGGGCAUGUGGAAGAGGUCCGUGCUCAUCAGGCUGAUGGUGCUCAUCUCUGUCCUGUCCUGGAUUCUGGUGUCAGACCUCGGCUGUGCCAUGUGGCAAAAGAUGAGAGUGGCUUUGGUUUUAGCAUCACCCAUGGAGAGAGGGGCUUUUUCUGGUUGAUAUUGACUUGUGGAGGAGCAGCAGAGCGGGCAGGGGUCCCCCAGGGGGCUCGGCUGCUGGAAGUAAAUGGGAUCAGUGUGGAAAAUUUCUCGAGUAGUCAACUCAACAGAAAGCUUCGGCAGAGCGGGGAGCAGGUAACUCUCCUGGUGGCAGGGCCAGAGGUGGAAGAACAAUGCCGUCAAAUGGGCUUACCUCUGGCUGCCCCCCUGGCUGAGGGCUGGGCACUGCCUGCCCGGCCACGACAAUUGCAUCUAGAAAAAGGACCCAAGGGGUUUGGCUUCUUGCUUCGAGAGGAGAAAGGUCCUAAUGGACAGCUUGGGCAGUUCCUAUGGGAGGUGGAUCCAGGGCUGCCAGCAGAUAAAGCUGGGAUGCGGGCUGGGGACCGGUUGGUUGCUGUGGCUGGGGAUAGUGUGGAAGGACUGGACCAUGAAGAGGCUGUGACCAGGAUCUUGGCGCAAGGCUGUCAUCUCUCCCUGACUGUUGUGGACCCUGAUGCUGACAACUUCUACAGCAAGGUCCGUCUGUCUCCUCUCCUCUUUUUGGAGAAUGCUGGUCCCCAAGCAACUGGGGAACUUCCUGGAAAUUCCCAGGAGCUUACUUCAGUGUCUCAGGUGGAGGAUCAAGCAUCCUUGGCAACAGAUCUGGCCCCAUCACUUGAAGUUUCUACCUCCCUUGUUCCUCCCAACCUACCCAGCUUCCGUCUUUGCCUUCUGAGCCCAGGGCCUAAUGGUGGUUAUGGUUUCCGACUCAGUUGUGGGGCAGACAAGCCUGAUAUCGUCAUUUCCCAGGUAACCCCAGGAGGCUCAGCUUCUCGAGCAGGCCUUCAUGUGGGGGAUGUGAUCCUGGAGGUGAAUGGUCAAUCUGUGGGUAGGGAGAAUGUUUUCGAGGUGCUGCAGCAGUUUACUGAUGCUAAGCCACCCCUUCGUCUGAGGCUGGCAGCCCAGGGAGGACGAGGCAUUGAAGCUUGCUACUCUACAGAGCCAGGAGAGGACUGGAUUCUGCCCUCAGAGAGUCUCUAGAUAUCCUAUCUGGAUCUGCCUGAUGUUUCUUUGUCUACUACACUUAUUUCAGAAGUGGUUGGAAAUUCCUGAGCCCAGUGGCUAGAGAGGUGGGAUGUCCUUGUAGGACUACAGAGGCCUCCUGGGAUGUCUCUUUCCUUUCCUAGGACUUUACUCUCUGGGAAAGGAUGGAGGAAGUAGCUUUGCCCAAUGAGCAGUCACUGGGUUUGCUCUGACAACAGCUUCCCAUCCAUAUUUCCAUGCAGGAGAAAUGUACAGGAGUUUGGUAGGGCCAGAGUACCCCAAAGAUAAAGUUUGUUUGGGGGGAAGAGUAGGACCUGCAAAGACUGGGAUCUCCUGUAUUAUAUCUGAGAGGUGGGACCAAUGCUCUCCACUGAUGUGUGAUGAUGCAGAACAUUCAAUUAAAGUCAAAGACCAGUAUCAUAA